AUGGAUGAUAAAGAAGAGAUAAGCAGUCUCGUCUCGGAUCUCUCAGAUCUCGAAGUUGCGCUUCUACUAUCUCUUGCUGUUCAUGAACAUUGCCUCAUUGAGACAACGAACGACUGCAUCCAUGACGUUGCGAAAGAACUGGCCCUGCUGUCAACCCAUCACAUCAACACUGAGUCAAGAGAUCGUACGAGGUCUCCUGGUUUCCGCAAUGUCUUCGGGGACAAGAAAGUCGUUGACGUCGUUAUCGCCAAGAACUUCAAUUAUGUUGACGGGGUUAUACAACUUCAUGCUUUGGAGGUAGGAUUUCUUGAUCAUCAGGACGAUGCUUUGCUGAACCAUCGACAGUUGAUGCGCUCCAAACGAUUGAACACAAAUCAUGGCCCGAUUGAAGCACCGCCUGGCUUUCUCUUCGUAUCCCUUGUAGUCCGUGACUCGGACCAGCUUAGCCCUCGUUUGAAUCAUCACCUAUUACUGGACCUAAUACAACAGCUAAGCACCUCCGUCUCAGUGGGCGCAGACAUUAUACGGUAUCAGCAAGAUAUUGUUGUAUUCUUGCGACUAAGCCGCGCUGUUGCUGGGGGCAUCACAGCACGGUCAAACAUGCAGUUUACGAAACUCUCGAAGUACGUCCAGCUAAUCUGUUUCCCUAAAGAAUGCACCUAA